UUUGUCUUCACAAUGGUUUCAAAGGGUUUUAGUGAUGAAUACUUAAUCUUUCAUCAUGAGAUGAUUGGUUUUCUAGACAUUCUUAGCUUGAUAUUCCUUAGAAGAAAGUUGACAAGCUAUAAGUUUGUGGAGGCAAGCAAUGCCACCAGUCUCAAGUUCAACAAUGUCCGUGCAGACUGGGUUUCUGCUCUUAUUUUGCUCCUUCAGAAGUUCUUAGGUUUUAUCAAGAAACCAUUGAAGUUUACUGGCAUUGCUGUUGAGUAUCUGCUGAACUUGGUGUCCAUUAAUGGUGGCAUCUGGAGCUUGAUUAAGAACUUGGCCACAUUUUCGGUGAAGUGGCCAACUCCAAAUUCAAAAGAAUACCGAUCAUUUAUCGGUCACAUUGACGGCAGGACUGAACUCCAUAGAAGCGUCCCUGUGUCUAUUUAUUUUCAGCUAGCGGAUCCGGAGAUCGGUUUAAAUGAGGACAUAAACCACACUGAUCUUUUUGCUAUGGCUGCAAAGCUUGCUUAUGAGAAUGAAGCCUACAUCCGUGAAGUAGUCACUGAAUCCUGGAAGAUGAACUUUGUGGCAUAUUUUGACUGCUGGAAUGAAUCUCUGCAGGCAAAGACAACACAAGCCUUCAUGUUCACUGAUAAGUUGUUGAAUACCCCUUUAAUUAUAAUAGCUUUCAGAGGAACCCAACCAUUCGAUGCCGAUGAUUGGUCAACGGAUAUUGAUCUCUCCUUCCUCUCAUUAGGCAAAAUGGGCAAUGUCCAUGCAGGAUUUCUCCAUGCUCUAGGCUUUAAAUCAUCUCCAACUAAACGUAGCACUGAGCUUGAAGAUCAAACCCAAGACUUGGUAAGACCAUUAGCAUACAAUACCAUAAGAGAUUCUCUCAAAGCUCAACUUCUAGUUCACCAAAAUGCGAAGAUUAUCAUCACUGGGCACAGUCUAGGUGGCGCGCUAGCCGUCCUCUUCCCUGCAUUGCUUGAAUACAAUCAAGAAACGACAUUACUCAACUCCAUGCAAGCAGUGUUUACUUUCGGACAACCGAGAGUAGGUGAUGAGACCUUUGCAAAAUAUAUGGAGUCCACCGCUUGGCUAAAUUACAACCGAAUGGUUUAUCGAUUCGACAUUGUUCCUCGAAUUCCCCCGGAUUAUUCUCCUAUUAGUCUCUUCAAGCAUUUUGGCAAUUGUUACUACUAUGAUGGUUGGUACAAGUUUGAGAAGAUGGAGGACGUGCCAAACCCUAAUUACUUGGACUUAACCUUUUGGCCAACAAUGUACGCAAAUGCAUGGGGAGAUCUGAUCAAGGGUACACAGAUGGGGAAGACACAUGGGGAGGAGUACAAGGAAGGGUUCGUGUCCAUAAUGUUUAGGGCAUUUGGACUCAUCAUCCCUGGAGUAGCUUCUCACAGCCCCAGAGAUUACGUCAAUGCAGCAAGGUUGGGCCAGACAUCCUACAACAAGUUAUGAAUUAAGCCAUUCAACACAGGACAUAUAUGGAAUAAGGACUACAUUAAUCAGUUGAAGAAUAAGCCAGGCGUUGGUGCCCUUAUGGCCUUUGAGCGCUUACUUGUUUAACUUUGAUCUUUUUGUUGCUUGUGUUUGUGUGUGUAUACGCGUGUAAGAA